AUGGAGAUGGAGAGUUCCCCGGGAACGGGCGAGACCAUCCACGGUCCUCUGCCGGAUGCGUCCCACCGUUUGCCUUUGCCUUCACCUUCAACGUCGACAACCACAACGGAGCUUGUCUCCGACAAGCAGCCUAUCUCUCGCUCAUCAUCUCUUCGGCAGAAACGCUCAUCACUUCCCCCACGAGCCCAUCCGGGAGCUCGCCAUACCAAACGCCUGACAUUGAACUUCCCCAUCAACAUUCCGCUGGAUCAACCGAUCUCAGCUACCGACUCAGUCGCCUCACCAGGACCCAUGACCCCCGUUACCCAGUCGUCAACACGUGCCUCCCCAGCAGUGCCUGCUGGGACUCCCCUCCCUUUUGACACGGAAGACGAUGGCUACGACUUUCUCCGAGCCAUCGCCUCUCAGGAGCGGAGGGUGAUGGAGCUGCGCGAGGAGUUGCAUCGCGCAGAGUCCGAACUGUCCACCAUCAAGAAGCAAUGGGCCUUGUCCGAAAAGUCCAAGAAACGCACCGAGAUCAACCUCCAUGCUGAACCGAUGCUGCCACUUCGCUCACCCGAGUUGAGUGCGCCGGAAGGGUCGAGCGUACCCUCCCACCGCCGCGAACAAAGUAUGAGUUCGGUUGGGAGCUCCUCGGUGUCACAGGAGCGGAUAAGCCGAGAGUUGGACCGGCGCACCGGUCUUCGUGCCGCAGCCGCACCAAAGGGCACGUCGAUCUCUGCCAAUGGUCGUCGUGUGUUUCAGGGCUCUCAUGCUCGAACGCUCUCCCUCCUCUCCCCCGUCACAGCACCCAGCUCCUCCAUUGGCGGACCUGGCCCUGCUGAACUGGAUCGCGUGGGACGCACCCCGCGAUCGGCAACACUCCCAUCCGUUGAACGCGACUCGGUUGCCAGCAUUGGAAUGCCGACUGAUGAGAGCGACGUUCCGGACCAAGUACUUGACCAGUGGCGCAAGACUAUGCCCAUACCUCCGCCAUCACGGGAAGCUCUCGUACGUACUGGCAAGCAAAUGGCCUCGGAUCUUCGGGAAGGGCUGUGGACAUUCUUUGAGGACAUUCGACAGGCAACGGUGGGCGAAGAAGGCAUCAGCGCAACGGAAUCGCGGACCAUGUCGCCUUCAAACUCAUUAGCACCACCAAACUCACGGAAACGAGAAUCUCUUUCAGCCAAGUCACGGAGUCGAGAGCGACUAUCAGCAUCGGGGGAUAAAUUGUCACGAUCGUCAUCAUCGUCAUCGUCGAGGGGUAGGCCCCAAGCGGCUGAGAGUACAUCUGGUAAAGACACCGCGCCGCCAGACAUCUCCAAGUCAUUCUGGCACGAAUUUGGCGUUGAUUCACCAGCGCAGAUGUCGCCCGCCGCUCAACGCAGCUCCUCCAACCUCCCAAACGACAGCAACAACAGCAACAGCGCCGACGCCACGACCCCUCGGGCCGAGAACGAACGAGAGAAUCCCGGUCCCCACUCCAGAAGUCCAGUCGAGGCGGAGGAUGAUACUAUGGGAAACUGGGACCUGUGGGAUACGCCACUCCCCGCCUCUAAAAUGAAGCAUACGCCCUCUUCGAGCCGGUCCACGGUGGCUUCCUCGAAACACGACAAGUCCCCUACAACCCAGGGCAGUAGCCCCCGCACGAGUGCUAGCUUUGGCGACUGGAACCCGACCCUCGCCGUGCCAGACCCCAGUGUCACUGAAGGCAUUCCCUGGCCCACCAUUACGAAGCUGGCACCGUCCACGCUUCAGCGAACUGCCUCCAAUCUCAUGGCUGAGUGGGAGCGUAGUCUUUCGCCUUCCCCGGAGCGUCAAGGCUCCGUUUCUCCUUCGAAGAGUAGCAAGAAGGACUGA